UAACCGGAAGUCCCGUCCGGCUUCACUUGUAAGUUACUUUUCCUCCCGACAAAUCGACUCUGUUGUUCUUUCGUCUGUGAAAGAAGCGGCUCCAGCCGGAGACAAAAGGACCGGGAUGGAGGAGUUUCAGAACGGAAACGAGAGCUCAUUCAACUCAGAUGAAGCUGAUAACAUCGUUAAAGAGUGUAUCGAGAACGUGGUGGGAAAAGAGGACUACAGCCAGAACCAGGUGAACAAAUGGACCUCCAGCAUCGUGGAGCGAUGCAUCUCUCAGCUCGUCAAACUGGGGAAGCCCUUCAAAUACAUCGUGACGUGCGCCGUGAUGCAGAAGACAGGAGCUGGUCUCCACACAGCUAACUCCUGCUACUGGGACACCGCCUUGGACGGAAGCUGCACGGUGAGGUGGGAGAGCAGGACCAUGUACUGCGUGGUCAGUGUGUUUGCGGUCUCCAUUGCAUAGAUAUGUCACACACGUAUGCUUUUCUAUGUUUAUGUCUACAGCCUGAUCCUAACCCCUAACGCAGAAAUAUCACUUUUUCUUAUUGGGGCUUUGGGUUCCAUAUGAAGAAGUGGGUCCUCACAUCAUAGUAUGUGUUGGAAAACUGGGUCUUACAUUAUAACAAAUGCAAAGGCACACACACACUCUGAGAGCAGGGCUGCAGUGUCUCCUCUGACCAGCAGGGGGCGAUAGAGUCCAGUUCUGCAGCUUCAUUGUUUAUAUUCAUGUUGUCACAUGACGUCAGCUUCAUGUUUGUAUUAUUGUGAGUUUAACCCGUUCGUAUCGAGUCAGAGACGUUUUGUAUCAAAGCUGCUAGAAAAUAAACCCAUUCAU